CGUCAUACACACAAUUAGCACACCCCACGGGCAAGUACAGAGGAUCGUGGUAUUCAAGAAAAAUGGCGUCCAGGCGAUGGUUGAGUUCGAGAGUGUGGAGUCGGCGACGCGAGCGAAAGAGGCGCUUCACGGCUGCGACAUAUACUCUGGAUGCUGCACGCUCAAAAUUGAAUUCGCAAAGCCCGAGAGAUUGAACGUAUUCAAAAAUGACCAAGACAGUUGGGAUUAUACAGUGCCAGACGACGUGCAGCAGCCAGUGCAGAGGUCAGCUCCUCUGCUGCAGUCGCCACAGUACACCGGCGGCAGGCCCCAGCCUUACAAUUUAGUUCGAGUCUUCGAUUGUGAGAAUUUUGAUCCGACAAGCCAACCGGUGACUACUACCAGGUCGUGCAGCGAAGACUCUUGCAGCCAACACAGUCAGCAUUCAUGUGACCAAUCGCAGAACGACAUGGACUACGGUAGCGGUGGACCCCCACCGCCGGGCAUGAUGAAAGAGAGACACGGUCCGCCGCCCCCACAUCACCCUCGCGACGGUCGCGGUUACGGCCCAGAGGGUUACGGCGGAGAGGGGUUCGUGCCGCCGCCCCCUAUGCACCACCCCCCCAUGCCCCCACAAAACCAGGGCGGGCCGCCUCAGCAGGGUGCGGUGAUGAUGGUGUAUGGGCUGGACCCCAGCACCGUCAACUCCGACCGGCUGUUCAACCUGUGCUGUUUAUACGGGAAUGUUGUUAGGAUAAAGUUUCUGAAGACCAAAGAAGGCACAGCGAUGGUGCAGAUGGGCGACCCGGUAUCCGUGGAGCGAUGCGUGCAGAACCUUAACAAUGUCACCGUUGGCGAUUACACGUUGACCCUUGCGUUCUCAAAGCAAGCGUACCUAUCAGAGGUGAUGAACCCGUACCCCCUAGCAGACAAGAGUCCCUCGUUCAAGGACUACGUCGGGAACAAGAACAACCGCUUCCUCACGCCCGCCUCCAUACACAAGAACAGGAUACAGCCCCCUUCGAAGGUGCUGCAUUUCUUCAACACGCCGCCUGACGUGUCGGACGACCAGCUGCUCCAAGUGUUCAAGGACUACGGGGUUUCGCCGCCGCAUACCAUCUCUAAGUUCCCACUCAAGAGCGAGAGAUCAUCGUCGGGCCUGAUGGAGUUCCAGAAUAUAUCGCAAUCGGUGAUGGCCAUCAUGGCGUGCAAUCACGCCACCAUACAACACCCAGGCGCCAAGUUUCCCUUCAUAAUGAAGCUGUGCUUCUCUUCAUCGCGGCAGAUCGGCCAAGGGAAGGGCCAAGGCAAGAGCCCAGGCCCUACCGGACAGAACAACGGCGUUGAUCACGAAUACUACUAACGGCGACGAGCGGCGCACACACACAAACACAUAUCAAGAAGGACGGCAACACACUGACACACACAGCCACACCACGACUGCGGGGGGAGGGGGUUGCCAUUGCACGACACGAAAAAUCUACCCUGCCUUUAAAAACGAUUCCUUAGACACGCUUUCGCGUCCUAUUUAAAAAAAAGACAAAUGUCACUGGAGUCGCGCCAAUUUAAUCCCGGGCAGAUUUUUCGCAAUGACAACGUCUUAAUAAUUCCUUAUAUUUACAUUUUUGUGAUUUAGAUCACUUCUAUAAAGACAUUAACAGUUAGUUUUUUUAAUAUAUGAAUAGACACAGUAACAUUUUUUUUCAUUAUUAUAUUUUAUAACACAUAUUACAUUUCCAUAUUAUUAUUUUUCUUUUUUUUUUUGUUCUUUUUUGUUGUUACAGGGCCUCGCCCUAUUGGAUGCGUUGUGCAUUUUCUUUAUUAAAUCUAGCGGCUUAGAUAGCUUUUAAGUGAUAUUCCCAUUUUAUUUGUGUAAUAUUAGAAUUUAUUAGUUAUUCGUUCCCAGUGCCAUUUUCAAACACUCUACGAUGUAUAUUUUAUGGCUUACGCAAUUUUCGACUUUAUCUCUAGGAAAAAAGAGUUUAGUUUCAAUAGAGUUUUGAGGAUGGUACUGCAAUUUCCCAUUUUAGUGAGUUAUAGUGAUUGAUAUUAAUUUGUGAGUUUGUUUAAGACAAUUGUUAUAAUAUUUCGGUUUGUAUUCCCUUUUUGUGCGUUCGUCGACUGAAAAUGACUUUCGACGCACGAGUUAUAAUUUUGAAAAUUUGGUUGUUUUGUAAACUUGACAGUUGUGAAAUAUGUACAAGAAAUAAAGAUACUGUGGUAUAAGGUAGACACAUUUGAGUUUCAUUUUGAUUUCAGUCUUAGCACCGAGCUUAGUGUGCAUGUUUCUUUUUUAUUUUUGCAUGAUUUCAAAAACUUGAAAAGUAGUAGUCAUCGAUUCUUUUGACCAUUUUUAAUAAACUGUGUAAGAACCAAAAAAAUAUCUAAAUGUAAGAAAUAGUUUAGCACUCUUUAGGAUAGUAGUAAGCGUCAUUGCAAUGUCAAUUAUAUUCGAUUAGUGAAAAAAUAUGACAGUAUGGAUUUUCUAUAAAUUUUUCUUAAAUAUAAAAAAAAACAAAUUUAGCGACUACUCGAAAAUGAGUGAAAAGCCUGCACAAGGAUAAUUUAGAAUUAGGUCCAGGUCAAUAAAUGUGAAACACCAUGAUUGCGCUAUUAUCUAUUUAUAUAUUUUGUUCUCGUGUCUAAGAUUAAUGUUUGUAUCGUGUGAUUCUUGUGGUAGAUCGUCUAUAUUACUGUUUAUGGAAUGGCGCUCGGUCCAAGGCCCUUAGGUGAACGAUCUCUCUCUAAACUACCUACAUUGUACUUCAAUCACUGACACAGACACUAAAAUACUAAAUGUACAGUGAAAAACUAAGAACCGUUCUUCAAACAUUGACACGUCAAAAGUCAGCCAAUCACAGCAAGCAGAAAGAGUCAAAUUAUACUUUACAACUGUCAAAAUACAGUCCUGCCAACAUAAAAAUUAAAAAUUUAAUUCCCAAAAAGUACUAAUGUUGUUGUAUCGAAAAGACUAGUGUAAUGAAAAAUAUUUUGAUAGAUGUUUGAAGAACUGGGUCUAAAUAGAAAAAGACAUUACUUCAUGACAUAAACAGUGAGUAGUCACCAAUUAAAUAGUUCCAUAAAUAGCUGAUUUAAAAUUAUUAACAUUAAAAUUCAAUGUUAUCAGGUAAAUAGAAGCAUAUCUUUUUCUCUAGAACUAUUUUCGAAUGAAAAAUAAAUGUUUUAGUACUAGGACAUGGAUGUCGUGAUAGCUUACUUCUGUUUGUGUUAAAUGUACAGAGAUUAUAUUAUUAAUUGUUUUAAAUUCAACAAUAAUUUUAUCGUAGUUCAGCGUAGUAUUUAAAUUAUAAUAUUUUUUACGAACAGACAUUUUGACACUAAUUUACUCAUAGUACAUAACAUGUUAUUAGUUUGCAAAACUGGAAGAGUUUUUACUUUAUAAAAAAAAAAACUCAAGAUAUAACUUUCCAAUUUUGCAGGCUGAAAUCACAUACUACAACAAAAUAUUUGAAGCAUAGCUAAAAAGAUUAUCAAAAAUAACACAAGAAACAGCACUACAAUAACAAUAAACAUAAGAUGUAUUUUUUUAGUUCCAGUGUCCUUUAUUUCAAAGUAUUUUAGCUUACCUUUCAUUGGAUUUAGGUACUUGUAGUUACA